AUGAAGGGCGAUGAUGGCGAUUGGAUUUUCGUUACCGGACGGCCUUCUCGGCGCCGCGCGAAUGUGCACAUCCCCCGCAGAGGUAAUCUAGAUGAGUCCGUCUGGCGCUGCGCCCGCGACCGCGUGAUUCGGGAGGUUCAUGAAGCGUGGAAGGAAGCGCAAAAGUUUUUGAAAAUUGUGCUUCAAACUUUGCAUUCCCAUUUGGGCUCCCAACAGACCACCCGCAUCGUGGCUCUGGGACUGGGCUCACCAACGGCACUCUCUCUGCCAUUGAUCCGCUCAUGUUGUUGUCAACUUGCAGUUUGCCUCAUUGUGCGUGAAACCCUAAACAUCAAUCGAGUUGACGUUUUCGAUCCUAUAAUGGACGUGAAUGACGUGGAAGCUUGCCGAUCGCUGCUGCAUGACUUCAGGGUCGAUCUCCCCGGCUUGCAAUCUCUAUGUGAAUCCCGCCAUCAAAUAUACCAGGAGGACUCUGGUUCCGCAGUCAGUGAGCCACAGUUACUGCUCUGGAUGCCUCACUGUGAAGCCGCACUCUACAGAGCCGUGUUGCUAGCCAUUGAGGCGGGGGCGGACCCGCUUGCGGCAGCUAAGGAACUGUGCGGGGCAGGCGGAGCGAGAUCACAUAUGCGAUACGACCUUUCGAAUGUCGUACUCGUAGGUAACUCACUGAAGGACUACGGAGGCGACGUGGCAAUGCCUCAACACAUCAUAGACCGCGUUGUCGAAUCUGCGCUACCAGUGUUCGACCCAUUCCCGCAGGCAUUUAGUGGGACUUAUGUUACAAAAUUCAAAUAG